AUGCAGGAUGAAGAUAACACCGGGGCGUCUCAGAGAGCUUCGUGCAUACAGCUUAAAAACGAGAUCCUGACACUGUUUGGCUUGGGACAGGCUGGUUCCUAUACCUUGGUGGCAAACUGCUGGUGGGUGCAGUAUACAAACAUCCCACUGCCUGACCAGCUGAUGGGCAUCAUCUCGGCCACGGUGCACAGCCUGGACCAGCGUGGCUGCCAGCCUCGCCACACCCUUGUCUGCUGUGCCCCCACCCCCCCAGCAGCAGUGCUCCUGCUGCACUCUGCCAGCACCCAGGUGCUCAAGUGUUUCCCCACCAUGGAGCAGAGUCUGUUCCCCACUUGCUUUAUCUCUGCAAGUUCCUCGUCUCAGGAAGCGAGGAAAAAGUUUGAGAGCCUGAAAUCUGACUUCAACAAGUAUUGGGUCCCCCAUACCUGGCUCACCAACCUGGCAUCCGGGGCCUAGAAGGAUGGGCAAAUCCGUGAUGGCACCGCUCUCUGCCUGCUCCUGGGAGUGAGUCGGCCCAGGAGGGCGGGGAUUGCAUUUCUCUCCCACUCAGCCAGGGUUCCCCUUCUCCAGGUGGUAACCACAGAAAUAUACUCCUUCUUUGCCCUCUCCCUGGUGGGCCGCCAGUUUGUGGAGUCAGAGGCAGGCCCUGCCAAACCUUGGGAGCCUCUGGAGCCUGGCCAGGAGCCAGGGCCAGUGCUCCGACACCUGGACAUGUGUGUGUCUCUCAUCACUUUGCUGCAGUUCUUCCUCUAUGCUGGUGGCCUGCUGGUCGCUGAACAGAUCAUCAACCUCUUUGAUGAGGAUGACGAUGAAUCUGAAACCGAUCAGCUCAUUGACCGCAACUUGCAGAAGGACCUGUACAGGGAAGGAGGCUCGGCGCAUGGCCCAAUCGGUGAGGCCUUUCUUCCUAGGAUCCACUUUCAAAUUGCUGUGAGUGGCCGUCGCUGGAGGAGGCAGGACUUGAACCAGCAAGCGAUCCACAGGUCCCCGCCCACUCUUCGGAAAGCCAAUGACUCCGUCCCUCCCACCCUCCCUCUGGAGAACUGGAGCACCUGGCAGACCCGCCCGGAAGCCCGUUUGUCCGGCUCUGCCACCCGGAGCGUGGGCGGCGACCCCCGCCAGAUCCCGCACGCGGAUGCACCCCCUGGCUUGGCUUUGAGGGUCCCAGCUGCGUAG